CGUAUUCUGGUUACUACGGACGUAUGGGCUCGUGGUAUUGAUGUUCAGACUGUUGGUCUGGUUGUCAAUUACGAUCUCCCUCAAACCGCCGCUGUCUAUCUUCAUCGAAUCGGUCGUUCUGGGCGUUUUGGACGUCGUGGUUUGGCCAUCAGUUUUGUCGGCGGACAUUCUUCCAACGGUGAUAUCAAACACCUCGGCACUAUCGCUAAGACAUACAGCAUUACAAUUGGUCCAGUACCAGCAAAUCUUGGUGAUUUGACGAACUUGUAUACCUCUAAUCCACUAUCUCAAGUUAGUUCUACUCAAGCGAAGAAGGAGGAUGAUUAUGGGGUGGAAGACCUUUCAAGGCACUCAGAAAAUUCUAAAAAGAAAAAUAGGAAGAAGAAGACGAAGAAGCAAGCAACGGUUGAGUUGGAAAAGCAACCCACAAAGCCUGCUCCAGAAUUGAAUCUUAGAGAAGGAGGUAUUUCCGCUUCGAAGAAGAGGAAAUUGAAGCUGAAGAAGAAUAAAAGAAGGCGACAAAAGUUGACUGCAAAGAAACGUGUUGGCGAAAGCAUGACUACUUAG